AUAUGGCCAGUGGUGAUGGAGGAUAUUAAGAAGCUAUCUACUUUUGACCACUCUUGUCUAAGGUAUAUUUUACUGGUCCGUCGAGUGGAUAAAAUAUCACAUGAUCGCAUUCACCUUCGUUCAAACAUUAUCUAUAUUAAUAAUGUUAUCACAGGACGACGCCUUUGGUGGUUAGGGCACGUUCACUGUCGUCCACCACAAGAGUUGUCGCAUAUUUCGUUACUUCUACCGUAUUUCUCAGGCAUAACAGCUACAGGAUCAGCAUUAAAUCUUUCUUUGGAAGCUCUCAAAUCACGCAGAUCAAAUGUUCCAGCUAAUGUUGUGGUUAUUACUGAUGGCUUUAGGUUAAUAUAUUUGUUAUUAUUUUAUUUUAUAGAUAAUGGUUGUCCAUUUGAUCUCGUUUUCGUAAUAGAUGCAUCAGGUUCAUUAAAGUCUCGCUUCUCGAAGCAACUCGACUUAUUAGUUACCCUUUUGGAAAGGCUAGUGAUUGGCCCAUAUAACACGAGAAUUUGUAUCAUUAAAUAUGCAGGAAGAGGAAAAUCAAAAGUUGAAUCGGUUAUCCAAGCAGCCAAGAAAAUCGCCUUUGUUGGUGGGACAACAUUCACUAAUGAUGCGCUUAUGAAAGCUGAUUAUGUGCUUGCAAACAGAUCUAUGGCUGCAUCAUCUGCUGUGAUAGUUUUCACUGAUGGUUUUAGUCAACAAGAUCCUGCUCCAGGUUUUUAG